AUGGAAGGAAGAGACACUAUUCUAGUUUGGCUAGCCCACGAUGAGAUAACUGACAUGGAAGAGUAUGUUCAGAUUUUGAAGACCAAAGAUGCACCGAUGUGCUGUAAAGUGACUUUAUGGGCUUUAGCCCUAACCAAAACCUGGUUUCGUGCCUUGGAGCGGCCGCCUAAGUCGCACUACACGAUCUUUCUAAGGUGUACAGAAGCUUUGCCGUGUCCUGAGUGUUUCAAUCGCGAGGCCAGUGAGCAGGCCGUGCAAAAGGAGUUGGCUAGGACAGGUGCAGCCGCGACUGAGAAGCAAAAUCAAAACAAGGAUAGCGAUAAGAAGGGGAGUAAAGGUUCAGUUGAACUACCUAGUAAAAAGCCAGCUAAGCCAUCAGGCGAUGAGCUAGUGGGUAUUUUAAGUGACGAUAAGAUAGAAGAUAUUCUUAACCAUCUUGAUAAUGACUUUGCUUCGGAAGAGCGUAUUAAGAAAGGGACUAAAGAACGUAUGUACUUUAUCAAAACAGUGCUGAACACAAUCAAACCUUUGCCAGACUAUCAAAUGCUGAUUGAAAACAAAAUAGUAGAUCCAGCGGCCCUGAACAAAAUCCUUGGGGUUGUGGUUUCUGCUAUCUCGUACUUAACUAGGAUUGAGAUUGAGCCGGUUUUUAAACUGGUCUUUUUAUUAGUCUCUAAUCUGAAUGGAAUCUUCUUCAAUCAAAUUGGCCAGGAAAUCAAUACGAAAGGAUUUAACAAGUUUCUGUUGUUUGUCCAGAAUACAGCUUCCCUUAGUCGGACUCGGUUUGUCUUCUUACUCGACUUGAUUUCAGCGCUUAAUCAGAAAGCACUCAGUCAAUUAGUGGUUGAUAUAAUCAAUGGCAAAGUUACUGUUUCGGGUCUGAAAGACAACUUACUAGAUGUGUAUGCGAAGUCAAGUGCCCGGGAAGUCGAAGUCUGUAAGAAAGGCCAUCCUCUUACAAUUGCCCGGAUCUUUACUCCCGUGAUUGUCUUUACACAUCAUUCCGACGCCAAAAGCCUAGAAGAGCUUUCGGAAGAGAAUGCCCGGCUUAAGCAGAACAUUGAGGUACUUUUUGGUGACAUAAAGUACUACAACAGCUGCAACUUGAUUGCAGAUCUCAAAGCCGCCUUAGCCAAAAAGGAAAAGUCCGAUCCCGCCCAGGAGGGUAGCACCUAA